GAAGAAGAAGAAGCGGAACAAAGCGCCAGGAUGGAGCUCUCACACAGCCUAACCCUCAACGAGACCGCCCUCAGCCAGCUGCCGGAACAGAAGCGUCCGGUGUUCAUCUUCGAAUGGUUACGCUUUCUCGACAAGGUGCUGGUAGCGGCCCAAAAGUCCGACAUCAAAGGCUGCCAGAAGAAGCUGGUGGAGCAGCUGACCCAGCACAUCCAGGGUGCUCCGGGGCCCCCGACGCGCAAGCUAAUCGCCCGCUGCCUGGCCACACUGUUCUCCGUCGGAGACACCUUCCUGCUGUUUGAAACCGUCAACAAGUGCAAUGACAUCCUGAAGAACAAGGACGAUUCGCCGAGCUAUCUGCCGACGCGGCUGGCCGCGACUUGCGUUGUGGGUUGCAUGUACGAGAAGCUGGGCCGCAUGAUGGGCCGUUCGUACGAAGAAACGGUGCAGAUUUUGCUCAAAUCCCUCAAGAACGCGGAAUCGCAAUCGCGCAUCGAGAUCAUGAUGACGCUGGAGAAGGUGUGUGCCGGCAUGGGAACGGCCAUUUCGAACGUGCACAAGGACAUCUAUAAGGCGGUUCGGUACUGUCUCACCGAUCGCGUGAUGGCCGUACGCGUGGCAGCCUCCAACUGUUUGCUGGAGAUGACGAAGCACGCACCGUUUCUCUACACCACGGAGCUGGAGAGCUUGGCCUCGUUGUGUUUCCGCGCGUUCGACAGCUGCAACUACGAGGUGCGAUGUGCGGUUGCGAAGCUGCUCGGAACCCUGAUCGCGUGCACGCAGAAUGGCAGUUUGCGGAACUUCAGCAGCAUGACGGCUUCGUCCUCGAGCACGAAAUCGCUCCGCCCGGUGUCCCUGGACGAGGCGCUUGGCGUGCUGAUGUCCGGAUUUCUGCGUGGUGGCGUCUCCUUCCUGAAAGGCACCGGCGAGAUCAUCAAGGGUAGCUCGGGCGUGAACCGAGAGGUGCGUGUCGGCGUGACCCACGCGUACGUGGUGUUCGUACAGACGAUGGGAGGACUUUGGCUGGAGCGCAACAUGCAGUCGUUCCUGGUGCACGUGCUGGAUCUGGUGGCGAACCCGAAAGCGGCCUCCUCGCACGUCGACGCGGUGUACUCGCGCAAAUGCAUCAACUUCAUUCUGCGCUCCGUCAUCGGGAAGAUGCUCGGCGAGAAGGCCCAAUCCUCGGCCUGCAAGGAGCUGAUCCACCUGAUCGCGAAGCAGAUGAACUCGAUCGACUUUAAUCCGGAAAAUGCAAAGGACUCGAAUCAAGAAACGCUGUUCAGCCAACACUUGCUUGUCUGCGCGCUUCAGGAGCUUGGCAGUCUGGUGCUUUUGUUGGGCACCACCGCACAAAACCUGCUAGCGGAUCAGUCACUCAACUUUAUCGAUGCAAUUUGCGCCGUGCUGAUUCACCCCUGUAUGGCAGCUCGCCUGGCCGCGGCCUGGUGUUUGCGAUGCGUUUGUGUCGCUGUGCCGAGCCAAAUUACGCCGCUAAUCGAUCGAUUUAUCGAUGCGAUUGAGAAGAUGCGCACCUCACCGGAUGCGAUCUCGGGUUACAGUGGCGCACUGGCGGCCGUUUUGGGUGGUGUGCGAUAUUCGCCCCUCGGUAUACCGCACACGCGGGGAAAGAUCAUUUUCAACACCGCCGAAGAGCUGCUCCGUACAGCUAGUCAAAACAGCCGGCUAUCGUUGAACCGAACGCAGGCCGGCUGGUUGCUGAUCGGCGCCAUCAUGACGUUGGGCGUCCCAGUAGUGAAGGGUUUGCUGCCACGGAUGUUGCUACUGUGGCGGAAUGCGUUCCCACGCUCGACGAAGGAGCUCGAAUCCGAGAAGGCACGUGGGGAUGCGUUCACGUGGCAGGUUACGUUAGAGGGUCGCGCUGGUGCGCUGUCAGUGAUGCAUAGUUUCCUGUUGCACUGUCCGGAGCUGGUUACGGAUGAUAUCACGCGCCGUUUGCUAACCCCCAUCGAAAGCGCUUUGGCUAUGCUGAUAAACAUAACGUCAGUGCUGAAAAACUACGGACAACAUUUGAAAGCACCGACGGCCAUGGUACGGUUGAGGCUAUACGAAACCCUCGCGUUGCUGCCCGCAAAUGCGCUAGAAUCGUCGUACACGCACCUACUCCGCAUGCUGGUGUCGGAGUUCACACUCACGGAAAAUCCGGCCAACACUACCACAUCGUUCCUGCGGCAGAUGUGCCACGGUGACGAUUCGAUCAUAUUAGGCACCUGGUUGCAGGACACCGAUCAUCGUACGAUUGAGGAUCAGAUGGAACCGAACCGUAAAGCAGACGGUGACUAUCUACAACCGAACAGUGCCGCCGGGUCCGGAGCGCUUGAACAUGAUGCCUGUUGCUUGUACCGCGGCAUAGCAGCUGGUGAACAAUGUCCUGGUCCCUUGCCGCUUGGUGUGGCCGUGAUCGACAUGUCGGUAAUCCUGUUCGGGCUGAUCUUCCCGAAGGUGGCGAACAAGCACCGGCUGCAGAUGCUGGAGCAUUUUGGCGAGUGUAUCAAGCACGCGAAGAGCUCCCGCCAGGAAGCGGUUCAGAUGAACAUCUUCACAGCCCUACUCAGUGGGCUAAAGGGAUUGACCGAAACCAAAUCGGCAAUCGGACAGGACGAUGUCCGGAAGAGUGCAACGAAUUUGAUCAUCAACGCGCUUACGAGCACAAAUCCGAUCCUACGAUGUGCCGCCGGUGAAGCACUGGGACGCAUCGCACAAGUAGUCGGUGAUUCCCGGGUCACCGCCGAGUUGGCACAAACUAGCUUCGAUCGGUUGAAAUCCGCCCGGGACGUUGUAACGCGCACUGGCCACUCGCUGGCGCUUGGGUGUCUGCAUCGGUAUGUCGGUGGAAUGGGCUCGUCGCAGCACCUGAACACGAGUGUGUCGAUUUUGUUGGCCCUCGCGCAGGACGGCAGCUCGCCGGUGGUGCAGGUGUGGUCUCUGUACGCCCUCUCGCUGAUAGCGGACUCGGGUGGUCCAAUGUUCCGCGGGUACGUCGAACCGACGCUAUCGCUCGCACUGAAGCUGCUGCUGACCGUACCUCAAUCGCACGUGGACGUGCACCAGUGCAUUGGGCGGGUGUUGAGCGCGCUAAUCACGACAAUCGGUCCGGAGUUGCAGGGUGACUCGAAUUCCGUUGCAACCGCACGAUCGUCCUUCCUGUGUGCGGCCGCCAUCAUGCAGGCUCACUCGGAUCCGCUGGUGCAGGCGGAGGCAACGGGAUGCCUGCAGCAGCUGCACCUUUUUGCUCCGCGCAAUGUUAACCUAUCGUCAUUAGUUCCUAACCUGUGUCAGAACCUGAGCAGCAACUAUUUGAUGCUGCGCAAGGCGGCUGUUUCCUGCUUGCGGCAGCUAACGACACGGGAAGCGAAGGAGGUGUGCGAACACGCCGCAAAUCUGGUGAGCGACGAGGACCGGUACGCGCUUUCCGAUUACGGGCUGCCGGGUGUGCUGUUCGGAAUGCUGGACACGGAAAGCGACAGCCAGAUGGUGCGGAACAUCCACGACACGAUCACAUCGAUGCUACAGAUCCUGGCGGCCGAAAAUCUCUCCCAGUGGUUGAGCAUGUGCAAGAACGUGCUCACCGUGGCGUCGGAUUCCGCAUCGACGGGAAAAGACGCACCGGCAGCGGACGGCGACGGAGACGACGGGGAUGACGACGAGGACGACGAUAAUAUGGAGUUCCACGCGGAAGACCACCAGGCGACGCAUCCGGCGGUGCAACCGCGAUGGCCAACGCGUGUCUUUGCGGCCGAAUGCGUGCGGAAGGUGAUCGCUACGUGCGAGAACGCCAGCGCCAACCAUUUCGAUCUGCUUGCGGCGAAAGAGAUGCAAAUGACAAAAUCCCGGGGCGAUUUCCUCGUCCUACACCUGUCCGAUCUGAUCCGGAUGGCGUUCAUGGCGGCCACGAGUGACUCGGACCAGCUGAGACUGGAAGGUUUGAAGACGCUGCAGGAGGUGAUCGACAAGUUCGCGCAUGUGCCGGAACCCGAGUUUCCCGGGCACCUGCUGCUCGAGCAGUUCCAGGCGCAAGUCGGAGCGGCUCUUCGACCGGCAUUCUCGCAGGACACACCCUCACACGUGACGGCAGCUGCCUGCGAGGUGUGCAGCGCGUGGAUCGGUUCCGGUGUGGCACGAGAUUUGAACGAUCUGAGGCGCGUGCAUCAGCUGCUCGUGUCAAACCUGAGCAAGCUGAACAGUCGCACCAACAGCACGCAACUGUACAACGAAAGCAUGGCCACGCUCGAGAAGCUAAGCAUUCUAAAGGCGUGGGGUCAGGUCUACAUUAUGGCGAUGGUUGCUCACGGAUCAGCUCCGGCUAGUCAGAUGCUGAAGACGCUCAACACGGUCGCGAGCGGUGCGUCCCAGCUGCCCGGAAUGUCGGCGAUGCAGCCGAAGGAAUUCAACCGGCUCGCGUUCGACGACGAGUUCGGGGAUUUCGAAAGCCGCGGCGAAAGCUUACUAUCGCUGGUGCAACCGGAGCUAGACAAUCUGUCCAUGCACUGGCUGGCGGCGCUGAAGGACUACGCGCUGCUAUCGCUGCCAGCGGAAUUCGCAAGCCAGCUACCUCACGACGGUGGUGCGUUCUACACAAACGACACGAUGAAUCUGUCCAAACCGCACUAUCUGAUGGCGUGGCCACCGAUUCUGUACGCGGCCGCCCUGUGGCUAAACGCGGAAGGAUUCACAAAGAGCGAACAGCAGCUAUCUCGCGAACAGGCGGAGGAUAAAGCGAACGCGAACGAAAUUUCGCACGGAAGCCUGAGUGCGGAUCGGUUCCACCUUAUCUUUGGCAUCUGCAUGGAAGCCCUGUGCAGUACGCGAACGAACGAAAAGCUGGACAGUGUGAUCGCGUGCCUGCAAUCGCUGUACACCGUGUUUGAUUCGGCGUGGUCGCGCGAAAUGCUGAUGCAGAACAAAACGCUUCCGGUGGAGCUGUGUAACGUGCUGCACCGGUUGAUCCUGACGCGUGACAGCGUGGAGGUGCAGUACCUGUGCAUCUCGAUCCUCAAGCAAACGAUAGCGGCGGCAAAUGAGUGUUUGGAGCGCGAAAAGGAUGAGGAACGCCGUAAACUGGGCGUCUCCACCGAGAACGCCGCCCCCGACAAUGGUAACAAUGAACCGGAAGGUGCCACGCUCGACGUGGAGUAUCUCGGAGAGGGCGGCGAAGAGGGUGAAAUUUUACCAGGCAAAUCGCUGGUUUACGCCGUGCUGGAGGUCGUCCUGUGUCUGCUGGCUCGCCAAAUUCCCGGCAUGAACCCGUCACAGAGCACCCGGGUGGCUAACGAGCAGUUGCAACGCCAGCUGGCCCAAGCGCAACAUGGUUUGAUAAAGCUUGGCGACGACAACAGCCUGCUGGUGGCCAACGCGAUCCAGAGCUUGAACGAUUUGCCAAAGCUGUGCUCGCCACUGGGCGCCCUCUCGAUUUUGCCUACCAUUCUGUACCUCACGACGGGCGUCAUCAAGGAGGUGGCCACAAAGUCCGUGCUGGAUGAGUCCCUGAUCGCGAGCACGAACGUGGUGGUGCAGGCGGCCGUGCAGCUGAUGAAAACGCUCGCCACCGAUCGGUACGGAAAGCACGACCAAUCCGGCGAGGAAUGGCGCAAGCUGCUCCAGAGCGCCCUCGGUCGCAUUAUCGAUCUCACCAAGACCGGCUGCGAGGAGACGAAGAUGGACGAGGUGACGGUUAUGCUUGCGAUCGCCGUGUUUCUGCUGCACUCACCGGCGGCCGUGGUGUCGGUGCCGAAUUUGCAGUACCCCUGCAUCAACCACUUCCGGCAGUGUUUCCAGAGCGCGUCGAUGCCGGUUCGGUUGAAGUGCGUGCAGACGAUGCGUUCGAUAUUUGCCAACGGUGAGCUGAAGGUAUCGACGCCGUACAUUCACGCGCUGGCUCCCCGAUUGAUCGAGCAUCUGUACUCGGAGGAAGCGCGCAAUCCGGCGAGCGAACAGGAGCUGGCACUGGUGCUGGAGGGCAUCACGACGGUGGAAACCCUUAUCGCCCUGGCGGAACCACAGAAUCGUAAGUAUCAGGACAGUAUCCAAAUGCUAACGCUGCUUGUGCCGAUCCUGAUUAACUACUUGGACGAUCCAGAGCAGCAGCAGCAACAACGAACAAACAGCUCCUCAGCGGCCACCAAGUCAAAGUGCGUGGCGGCACUCAACGACCACGCCAUCCAGUGGCUGAUGAAGAUCGGGCUAAAGUACCCGCAGGAGUUCAAAACGUUCAUGGCGCAGGCUCCGGAACUGCGCCGAAAGCUGGAGGCAGCCAUCAAGCGCAGCCAGAUGAACGCGACACUGCAGAAGAGCAAGAGCGAGGCGGCGAACGCGGCCGCCCGGAACAGUGCCGCCCAGCAGCAGAAACCAACGAUACAGCUGAAAACGGAUUUCAGUAAUUUUAGCUUUGCGUAGAAUGUACCACCACGAGAGACAGACAGAGAGAGAGAGAUGCUUAAGUGGGGUUGCAGAAAGCAGACACGACGCUUGCGGGCAUAUUCCGGCCGGGGUUAAACCGUACCAAUUAUCGAUCAAAAUCGAAAUGCGAGAAUUGUAUUGUAUGUAUAAUGUGCGCUAAUUCUCUCUUCCUAAUCCUACUCACUCGUAGCGUUAGAGUCUAAUAUUAUUUAUGCAAAUAUACGCCCUAUCGCAAGAUCCCCAAGCUCCCAAGAAGUGCAGCUUACGGGGGAUAAACGCUUCCUAACGUGCAACAUUCGGAUGUUGGUGCGCCCUGGGGCUAACCGGGCCCCACUUUCUCUAACGUAAAUGAAUUUCCCUUUCCCCAGGUAGACGAACAAUUAAUACAAUUGCAAACAUAGAAAAUAAAGUAUUAAAGUGACAAACAGAAA